AUGACUGACGAUAAGAGUCGUUCAUCUGUGCCAUCAGCAGCAUCAAAUGCUUCGAAUGGUACAGCUACUGCCAAUAGUACUAACACGACAACAUCGAAAUCCAAUCAAAAAGAUGUUAAGCCCAAUUAUACACUCAAGUCUACUCUUACUGGUCAUUUAAAAGCGGUUUCAUCAUUGAAAUUCUCUCCCUCUGGUGAAUUACUUGCAUCUGGUUCAGCCGAUAAAACAAUCAAAUUAUGGGGCGCACAUGAUGGCAAAUGGGAGAAAACGAUCAGUGGACAUAAAUUAGGUAUAUCGGACUUAGCCUGGUCAUCCGAUAGUCGAUAUCUGGUUAGUGCAAGUGAUGACAAGACAUUGAAAAUUUGGGAUGUUGCCAAAGCCAAAUGUUUAAAAACAUUGAAAGGUCACACGAACUAUGUGUUCUGCUGUGACUUCAAUCCUCAAUCGAAUUUAAUCGUUAGUGGUUCAUUCGAUGAAAGUGUCAAGAUUUGGGAUGUAAGAUCAAGUAAAUGUUUACGCACAUUACCAGCACAUAGUGACCCAGUCACAGCUGUACAUUUCAGUCGAGAUGGUACGAUGAUUGUCUCAUCAUCAUAUGAUGGUCUUUGUCGUAUAUGGGAUACAUCAUCCGGCAUGUGUUUGAAAACAUUAAUUGAUGAUGAUAAUCCGCCAGUUAGUUUUGUUAAGUUUUCUCCAAAUGGUAAAUAUAUUCUCGCAGCAACACUGGACAAUACAUUGAAACUAUGGGAUUAUUCCAAAGGCAAAUCAUUGAAAUUGUACACAGGUCAUAAAAAUGAGAAAUAUUGUCUAUUUGCCAACUUCUCUGUUACUGGCUCCAAAUGGAUUGUUUGCGGUUCGGAAGACAAUUGUGUUUAUUUAUGGAAUCUGCAAACGAAAGAAAUCGUACAAAAAUUAGAAGGACAUACAGAUGUUGUCAUGUGUUGUGCAUGUCAUCCGAAGGAGAAUAUCAUUGCAAGUGGAGCCUUAGAAAAUGAUAAGACCAUCAAAUUAUGGCGAAGUGACAUUUGA